AUGACUCAUGUGAUGGGUCAGACAAAUCAGGUGUUACAGAAUCAACAUGGAACAUUAGAUGAAUUAUGUGGGCUAGGAAAGUUCCAUAGAAACAAUUUGUUGACUUUUAAGGGUAGAUACGACCCUGAGGGUGCUCAAAGCUGGUUGCAAGAGAUUGAAAAGAUCUUCAAAGUGAUGACUUUCACGGAUGCUCAAAAGGUCCUGUUUGGGGCUCAUAUGAUGGCUAAAGAGGCAGAGUAUUGGUGGGAUAAUUCUCUCCAGAGGUUAGAAGCUGAAGGUAUUGAGAUCACUUGGGAUAACUUCAAGAUUGAGUUUCUUGAGAAGUACUUUCCUACCAAUGUCCAUAGCAAGAAAGAGAUCGAGUUCCUUGAGCUGAAGCAACAAAACAUGAUUGUAGCUGAUUAUGCGGCUAAAUUCAAGGAUUUGUCUAGGUUAUGUCCUUAUUAUAAUGGGGUCGAAUCUGAAGGAUCUAAGUAUAAAUGUGACAAAUAUGCUUACUACAAGAGUGUUACUGAGAAGAAGAGUGGAAAUACACAUCGUGGGAAACCUUAUAGAGCUCCAGCUGAUAAGGGAAAGCAGAAGGCUACGGGUGGAAAAGGAACAAGAGGGGGAAACAUUUUUGCUUUUCUUAGAUGUUUCAGUUGUGGAAAGAUGAGGCAUCAAGAAAAUGAGUGCAAGAGCUAUGAUCAUAAGUGUUUCAAGUCUGGGAAGCCAGGGCACCAUAUUAUUGACUGUAAGAGUAAUGUUAUGACUUGUUACAACUGUGGAGAUCUAGGUCAUAUUAGUACUCAGUUCCAAAAACUAAAGAAAGCCCAGUCUGAAGGAAAGUUCUUUGCUUUGAUUACGCAUUCGUUCAUAUCUCUUGACAGUGCUAGAAAGUUGAAUCUAGAGGAGUCUUUUACGAUUGUUGAAGUGUGGUAUAUGGGGAAGACAACUUGA